CUCUAACCCAACUGUCCUUCCUUCUUCCGCUAGCACUAGAAACCAACUCCUCCCAUCCUCGAGCGCUUGCCUUCACAUCCUAUCUCUAAUUGGGCCAAAACUUCGGCCGCGUCACUAAAUGGCUUUCUCCACCCUCUCUACCUACAGGAAUCAACUUCCUUAGGCUGGGUGAUUGCGCGCACUUCCUCUCCCCCCCCUCCCCUCUUCCGAGGCCGGAGAAAGGAGGGGGCGGGGAAAAAGGGUUACCCAGCAGCUCCUGCGGCGCCGUUCACCAUUCCUGUCCCGCUCCCUGUUUCCACGCUGUUGCAGCUUCUCCUCUUCGCGGGCGUGUGUGUCUGGCAGGGAAGAUGGAGGGGCCCUUGUCCGUAUUCGGGGAACGGACUACCGGAGAGUCUAUCCGCUCCCAGAACGUUAUGGCUGCAGCUUCCAUUGCCAAUAUCGUAAAAAGUUCUCUUGGCCCAGUUGGCUUGGAUAAAAUGUUGGUGGAUGAUAUUGGUGAUGUGACUAUUACCAAUGAUGGGGCAACCAUUCUGAAAUUGCUAGAAGUAGAACAUCCUGCAGCUAAAGUGCUCUGUGAAUUGGCUGAUUUGCAAGACAAAGAAGUUGGAGAUGGGACUACAUCUGUGGUUAUUAUUGCAGCAGAACUUCUGAAAAAUGCAGAUGAAUUAGUCAAGCAGAAAAUUCACCCCACAUCAAUUAUUGGUGGCUAUCGGCUUGCUUGCAAGGAAGCAGUGCGGUAUAUCAACGAAAACCUCAUCAUUAACACAGAUGAACUUGGAAAAGAUUGUCUCAUCAAUGCUGCAAAAACAUCCAUGUCUUCUAAGAUCAUUGGAAUUGAUGGUGAUUUCUUUGCCAAUAUGGUGGUAGAUGCAGUACUUGCAGUUAAAUAUACAGAUGUGAAAGGUCAACCUCGGUUUCCAGUAAAUUCUAUUAAUGUUUUGAAGGCCCAUGGGCGAAGUCAGAAGGAAAGUAUGCUUAUAAAUGGUUAUGCUCUGAAUUGUGUGGUGGCAUCCCAGGGCAUGCCCAAAAGAAUAGUUAAUGCAAAAAUUGCUUGCCUGGACUUCAGCCUACAGAAAACAAAAAUGAAGCUUGGUGUGCAGGUGGUUAUUACAGACCCAGAAAAACUGGAUCAAAUUAGAAAGAGAGAAUCAGAUAUUACGAAGGAGAGAAUUCAAAAAAUACUGGCCACCGGUGCCAAUGUUAUUCUAACCACUGGUGGAAUUGAUGAUAUGUGUCUAAAGUACUUUGUUGAGUCUUCAACUAUAGCAGUCCGAAGAGUUUUAAAAAGGGACCUUAAGCGAAUUGCUAAAGCAUCUGGAGCAACCAUUUUGUCCACCCUGGCUAAUCUGGAAGGUGAAGAAAGUUUUGAAGCUUCAAUGUUGGGACAAGCAGAAGAGGUAGUACAAGAAAGGAUUUGUGAUGAUGAGCUAAUUUUAAUCAAAAACACAAGAGCUCGGACGUCGGCUUCCAUUAUCUUACGUGGAGCGAAUGACUUCAUGUGUGAUGAGAUGGAGCGUUCUUUGCAUGAUGCUCUUUGUGUGGUCAAGAGAGUCCUGGAGUCAAAGUCUGUAGUGCCAGGUGGUGGUGCUGUAGAGGCAGCACUUUCCAUUUAUCUGGAGAACUAUGCAACCAGUAUGGGAUCACGGGAACAACUUGCUAUUGCAGAAUUUGCCAGAUCUCUUCUCAUUAUUCCCAACACAUUGGCCGUUAAUGCUGCCCAAGAUUCCACAGAUUUGGUUGCCAAGUUGAGAGCUUUUCAUAAUGAAGCUCAGGUUAACCCAGAACGCAAGAACCUAAAAUGGAUUGGUCUUGACUUGGUCAAUGGCAAACCUCGAGACAACAGGCAGAGUGGUGUAUUUGAACCUACCAUGGUUAAAGUUAAGAGUUUGAAAUUUGCAACAGAAGCUGCAAUUACCAUUCUUCGAAUUGAUGACCUCAUUAAGUUACAUCCAGAAAAUAAAGAUGAUAAAAGAGGAGGAGGGAGUUAUGAAGAUGCAGUUCACUCUGGGGCUAUUGAAGACUGAUGUGAUUUUCUUUAUUUAUACAUGUUAACUGAUUAGUUUCAUCCUGUACUAUUUUGUCUUGCACUUAGUGUAUAGACAUAAAAAAUACAACAGCCUGUCAUGUUGAUUUGAGUUUUUAUAAGGGAGAUGAAAGAGAAAAUAAAACAUCUUUCCUCUGC